AUGAGUGAAUCAAUAUCAAAUGAUAAUACCUCUACUACAAGUACAACAACAACAACAACUUCUACAUCUACUGCAUCUACAUCAAAUCAACCAUUAACAUCAGCAGCAGCAGCUUCUACUACUACUACUACAACAACACAUACAUCACCAACAUUUCAACCAUCAAUUAGUUCAAUUAAUCAAGUUGGAUCAGUAACAAGAGAUAUAUUAGUACCCGUUGUAUUGUGGUGUGGACCACCAACACAUUGGAUUACAUCUAUUCUCAUUACACCAGAUAAACGAACUAUCAUCACUGGCUCACAUAGUGGACACAUUGUAAUUAGUUCGGUCUAUCUAGACAAGGGAAAAGAAAACUCGUUUGUACCACGUAUCUUUUCGAUUGCUCAUCAGACCACUGUAUCAUGUUUGGCAUUGUGCAAAUUAGAGGGUAAAGAAGUUGCUGUGAGUGCUGGGGCAGAUGGAUCACUUUGUGUAUGGUCACUUAGUGAUGGUCUAUGUGUCAGAGCUUCGCAUCCUGGUUUCUUACCAUGCACACCCUCAUCGAUGGUAGCAUUACCACCAAACGAAAGAAAUGUAGCUAUUGUCGGAAAGGGAUCAAACUCUAUCUAUAUCGUAGACACUCAACAAAUGAGAUUGAUCGCCACACUCUCUGAACACACUGAUUGGAUCACUUCACUCUUUACAUGUACUAUAUCCCAAGACUCUUCUCCACUCUUGUUUUCUGGUAGUCUUGAUGGCACCAUUCGUUUUUGGUCACUUAAAGAUGGUGAAAUGGACUUUUCACUCCAAACCAUCUGUCUCAAUGCAAAGGGUGAAGGUAAUUGUCCUCCCAAUGAAGCUCCAAUCUCUAUUGAAUUCUCUCCCAAUGGUAAAUCACUUUUAGUUGUUUCAAAAGCUUAUUGGUCUAUAUUUACAACAAAUAAUUCACAAAAAUUAUAUUCUAUAAAUUGUCCAAUUUCAAGAGGAUGGUUUGGAGGUAGUUUUGUUAAUAAUUCAUUGGUAUUGGUGUGGACAAGAGAUGGUAGAUCAUUCCUUUAUAAAAUCGAUCAGAGUGAGUUAAAGUCAUUCUCUAUGGGUCAUCCAUUACCACAACCUGGUACAUCUCCACUUUAUCUACCACCAAAUUCAUUGUCACAAUCGGUUGGAGGUGGAGGAGGAGGAAUGGGAACAAGUUAUUCAUCACUAAGUGCACAAUGUAGUGCUGCCGACAAUAUAUCAUCAUCAUCAUCAAUGUCGUCAAUGUCAUCGGUACCUACAACUGCACCUAUUGAUAUUGCCUAUUUGUCACCAGACUUUUCACCUCCAGUCUUGGUAUUGACAUUUGUCAAUAGUGAACAAAAACAACAAUCUCUACCAAUCAAUUCAUCAGCUUCCAAUUUACCAACUAGUACAACUUAUGGAUCUCAUCAACCUGCCACCAAUAUAUUAUCAUCAUCUAGUAUGGCAGCUGCAGUUCAACAUCAUCAACAACAACAACAACCACAACAACAACAACAAAAUAAUCCAUACCAAACAGCAUUUAAUAAUCCAAAUGAUAUUACAAAAAAGAUUGGUGCAGCAAUGUGUUGGAGUAAUAUAUUUUUGGCAGGUGAUUCAUUUGGUCGAAUUAAAAUAUGGGUCAUUCCAACCGAAGACAUUAUCAAUAACAUUCAACAACCUCUUUCUCGUAGAUUCUUGCGUGAACCAAAUCUGAUUGGUAAUAUUGCUGAUGGUUGGAAAGGUUGUGAAACUAAAACAAAAUCUCGUGUCACUGCUUCACUUUUAAUUGAAGAUUUAAUGUUAUUAAUUAGAGGUUAUGAGGAUGGUAGUAUAAGUACAUCAAAAUUACCAACAGAUUUAUUUACAAAAUAUCAUUCUGGAGCACAUAGUGCCAAAGUUAAUUGUUUAAUGAGUUCACAACCUGGAAAUGUAAAGAGAUUAUUAUUUUCAGCAUCCAAUGAUACAACGAUUAAAGUUUGGGAUUUGACCUCUUUUAAACUACUACAUACAUUCUCACAUCAUACUGGUCCAGUAUCAUCAAUCUUUCCUCUACCAAGUCAACGUCGUCAUAUCUUUGUUUCAAUCUCUGAAGAUAAAACUUUGGGAAUGUAUUCAAUGGAAGAUUUAUCUUGUAAACAUAUGUUUGGAGUACAUUCAUCAUCAAUUUCAAAUGUUUAUUGGAAACCUGAACAAGGAUAUUUAUUGGUAGAGACAAUUGAUGGAUCAACAUCAAUUUGGGAGAUUGGAUCAGGUGAAUUGGAAGGUGUAGUUUAUGGUCAAAUGGCAAAAGAUAUUAUCGAUAAUGCGGAACCUCUUAGUAAUGAUUGGAAAUCAAAACAUAAUUUUAUUUUAGAUUCUUCACUUUCUCCUUUUAAUACCAAAUCUUUUGUUUUUACUCAUAAAAAUGAUCCACCAAUUCAAACAAUAUUUUUAAAUAUUAAAACAAUUAGUGAUGAAAUUAUAAAAUAUGCAGAUAUAAAUUCAAAACAUAAUGCAUCAUUUUCAAAUACCAAUGCAUUACCACAACAAUCAACAUCUGCCAUUUCUUUGGUUCAAAAAGAGUUGAAUCAAUUGGUAUCGAUCUUUUCAUAUCUUAUUCCAUGGGGAAUGGAUAGAAAUUUGGAUCCAAUGUUUAAAAAAGAUUUCCAACUUCGACCUCCACAACCAGACUUUUCAUUUGGUCUCAUUGGUGAUGGAUAUAAUAUUAGUUUCUUGACACCUGCAUCAUCGGGUAGUAAAGUACAAUUCUCAGAGUAUCUCACUGCUCAAACAACUCUGGCAGCUGUAUCACUUAGUAGAUCAAUCAUGAGAAUUGGUGGAUUGGAAAAUGCUUGUAGUCAAUUGACCACCUAUUAUUGUAUUAUCUUACCAGAUACUCUACCAGGUUAUGUCUAUCCAGACUUUUCAUUCCUUGCUUCAUUCUCUCAAGAUAAUUCAGAAGAUGUAAUGUUUUCUGCUCGUUCCAUCUUUAAAACUUCAAUUGAAAGAAUGUCUCAAAGUAGUUUCUUAAAUUUAUUACAUUAUUAUUCUCAAUUUUUGAAAUCAGAUACAUUAACAUUAACAGAAAAAGCAAGAGCAGUUAUUGUUUUGGCAAAGAUUGCAUCACAUCGUAAAGAUGAAAUGCCAGAGAAUUUAUCAUUAAAGAUUGGUAUGGAAUUACUUAAAAUGAUUUAUAAAGGAAAGGGUCAUUUAACUUUAUCAGCUGUUGAGUUGAUUGGUAAAGGAUUUUCUUUAUGGAGAGAUGCAAUUAAAGAUUUACCGGGAUUAUUAAAAUGUUUAUUUUCAUUGACAAUGCAAAAUGAUCCAUUAUCAAGUACAUCUAUUAAUUCAUUAUUAUUGAUUGGUGCAAUUGACCCAAAGAAUUUUAUUCAAACGAUUGGUGAUGAGGUGUCAAAUGAAUCAAAUGGCACAAAUAGUACGAUUCAUGCAUUGGUAUUGUUGGGUUUGUUGAUCAAGAAUAAUCCAGAUUCAGCACUACCCUAUUUGCCGCGUGUCAUUGAUUGUAUUUUAAAGAGUCUUGAUCCCCAUAUGCCAUCAUUACGUGAGUCUUGUCUCAAGCAGACCACAGCAGUACUUCAUUUGAUGGUCAACAAGUAUCCAACCGUAUCGUUCCACCACGAAACACAAAGAUUGAUUCUAGGUGCAUUGGAUGGUACAUUGGUUAUUUAUGAUCUCAAGACUGCCACGAGAUGGCAUCGUAUCGAAGCACAUGAACGGAGUUAUAUAUCGGCAGUCAGUUUUAGUGAUGGUGGUAAAUCAAUCUCUUCCUAUUCAACCAAAGAUAAUCUUUUGAAAAUUUGGCAAACAAGUACUAGUUUCUUUGGUUUAUUAAGUUCUCAAUUUGCUUGUACUAAAACUAUUAAAAUGCCUUUUGAAGCAAAACCAAUUACAAGUCCAAAAAUAGAAAAUAUUAAAUUAUCAUGGUCAAAUCAACAACAAUUAACUUUGAUUAAAGAUCAAAAUAGUUUUACUCUAAAUAUUGAAGGUUAA